UGGCUGCUGCACGUGGGGCGCGGACGGAGGGUGAAGGAAAACAAGGGGGGCGGCGGCGGCGCGUGGCCAGCUCAGUGGUUCGUCCGCGCGUGCGCUGCCCAGGGCCAUUCGGUUGGGUUUUGCGUGCAGAACACAUCUAUGGUGUCUGUAGCGGCUACGAUUCCCGCUGCUGCCUCCCGGUGCUUCCCGGGGUGAUCUGUCACCAGGAGCAGGGUCGAAGACGCCGCUCACGGUGGGAACAUGAAUCUCCUACCUAAAAGCUCCAAAGAGUUUGGCUCUGCCGACUACUGGGAGAAGUUCUUCCAGCAGCGAGGGAAGAAAGCUUUCGAGUGGUAUGGCACCUAUCUGGAGCUGUGCGAGGUGCUGCACAAAUACAUCAGGCCCAAGGAAAAGGUGCUUGUGAUCGGAUGUGGCAACUCCGAGCUCAGUGAACAACUCUAUGACGUGGGCUAUCAGGAUAUCGUGAACAUCGACAUCAGCGAGGUUGUCAUCAAGCAAAUGAAGGAACGCAAUUGCAGCCGACGGCCCCACAUGAGUUUCUUAAAGAUGGACAUGACCCAGAUGGAGUUUCCUGACGCCACAUUCCAGGUGGUGUUGGACAAGGGCACGCUGGAUGCUGUCCUGACAGAUGAGGAGGAGAAGACCCUGCAUCAGGUGGACAGGAUGUUAGCUGAGGUUGGCCGUGUCCUGCAGGUGGGCGGUCGCUACCUCUGCAUCUCCCUGGCUCAGGCUCACAUCCUGAAGAAAGCAGUGGGCCACUUCUCUCGGGAGGGGUGGAUGGUGAGGGUACACCAGGUGGCCAGCAGCCAGGACCGGGUGUCUGAAGCCGAGCCUCGCUUCUCCCUGCCUGUCUUUGCCUUCAUCAUGACUAAGUUCAGGCCAGUCCCUGGCUCUGCCCUCCAAAUCUUUGAGCUGUGUACUCAGGAGCAGGGCAAGCCCGUUCGGCUGGAGAGUGCCGAUCGGCUGGCGGAGGCCGUGCGGGAGCGCCAGCACUAUGCUUGGCUGUGUAGUCAACUGCGCCGCAAAGCCGGGCUGGGGAGUGUGUCUCUGGACUUGUGCAGUGGGGACACGGGGGAGCCACGCUACACCCUCCACGUGGUGGACAACCCCGCUGUGAAACCAUCGCGGGACAAUCAUUUUGCCAUUUUCAUCAUCCCCCAGGGUCGCGAGACCGAGUGGCUCUUUGGCAUGGAGGAGGGCCGGAAGCAGCUGGCAGCUAGUGCGGGCUUCAGGAGGUUGGUCACAGUGGCUCUCCAUCGAGGCCAGCGGUACGCUGGCAUGGAAAGCAUUCAAGCAGAGCUGUCAGCCAGAGUCAUGGAGCUGGCCCCGGCUGGGCUGCCUCCCCAGCAGCAGGUGCCCUUCCUGUCUGUGGGUGGGGACAUUGGGGUCCGGACUGUGCAGCACCAAGACCACAGUGCCUUGAGUGGUGACUAUGUUAUUGAGGAUGUGCAAGGGGAAGAUAGGUGGUACUUCCGGCGGCUCAUCUUCCUCAGCAACAGGAACGUGGUGCAGUCGGAAGCCAGGCUCCUGAAGGAUUCGUCUCACAGAGCCCAGAAGAAACGGAAAAAGGACAGGAAGAAACAGCAGCCUGUUGAUAUUCCUGAGGACUUCCCGCCUGCUCCAGGGCAGUCCAUCGAUAAGAGUUACCUCUGCUGUGAACACCAUAAAGCCAUGGUCGCUGGCCUUGCCCUGCUGAGAAACCCUGAGCUGCUCUUAGAGACUCCACUGGCAUUGUUGGUGGUGGGCUUGGGUGGAGGUAGCCUCCCCCUCUUCGUUCACGAUCAUUUCUUGAAGUCCCGUAUCGAUGCUGUUGAGAUUGACCCCACCAUGUUGGAAGUGGCCACCCAGUGGUUUGGCUUCUCCCAGAGCGACCGAAUGAAGGUUCACAUUGCAGAUGGCCUUGACUACAUUAGCAGCCUGGCAGGAGGAGAAGCGCGGCCUCACUAUGAUGUGAUAAUGUUUGAUGUAGACAGUAAGGACCCGACGCUGGGGAUAAGCUGUCCUCCCCCAGCAUUUGUGGACCAACUUUUCCUGCAGAAGGUCAAAAGCAUCCUGUCUCAUGAUGGAGUCUUCAUCCUUAACCUUGUGUGUCGGGACUUGGGGUUAAAGGACUCAGUGCUGGCUGGACUCAAGGCAGCCUUCCCUCUCCUGUAUGUCCGGCGGAUUGAAGGCGAAGUGAAUGAGAUCCUGUUUUGUCAGCUGCAUCCAGAACAGAAACUUGCUACACCAGAGCUGCUGGAAAUGGCCCAGGCUUUGGAGCGGACCCUGCGGAAGCCUGGGCAGAGUUGGGAUGACACCUAUGUUCUGUCAGAUAUGCUGAAGACUGUGAAGAUUGUGUGAACCCCGGGGCCAGGCAACUCAGCCUUUUGUCCAAAUUGACUUGAACUCUUGGGCUGUUGGGAGCUAAAGCAUGACGCACAGUACUUUUAGACCUCAUGCUUUUGUUGGUCACAUAAUUAGCUACAUGCUUCCCACCUUUUGGGAUGGGAGGCAGUACCGGGGGUGAUUAUGAAAGCCAGGUGGUGGUAGGUAGCACAGGCCUUUAAUCCUGGCACUUGAGAGGCAGAGGCAGAGGAAGAGGCAGAG